CUUAUUUUCAUCUCAUUUCUCAUCUUUUCGGCAUGAUGAUAUACAAUUUUGAGAUGAAAAUUGCAGUUAAAGAUAUUCUGAAGGCAAUUCUUGUCUCCUCCAAAGUUCCCUGACAUUAGAUUGUCACAAGAAAUGUGUGAUUGUAUUGCCCUCCUUCUGAAAGAUCAGAUCAAUGAAGGCUGCUUGUACUUGAGGGAGAUGACUACUGGGAGGGACAUAAAAAGAUUUUUAACUGUGAUAUUCACCCUGUGGGUGGUCUCAGUCAUCGGUGGUUGGUUCGAGUUUUUGACCCUUGUGUAUAUCUUGUUUGUGGUGCUGUUGACUGCACCACUGUUGUACGAGCGGAAUGAAAAUCUGGUGGAUGCUUAUGGCGAAAAGGCGGGCAAUGAAAUCAUGGAGGUUCUCCAGAAACUUCCACUGCCAUUUCUCAAGAACAACAAGCAGCAUUGAUUGUUCUUUAGGAUUUGGUCCACAUCUCAUUCGGCUAUCCGAAGUUGUAACUAGACUUUUAUGGUAUGGCAAUGUAUUUAUAGAAGGUAUACAUUUUGAUUGUAAAGGUAGUAUGCCUAACUUCAAGUUCAAAGUUGACACUCAUUAUGUCCAAAAGGUUCAAUUCAUUCUA